AUGCCUUCUGCUCUCACAUCCGAAAUCCCCAGUGCCGAUCCGGCCUGGCACCGCCAGGACGACCACCCAUUCUACAAGCCCAGCCAUUACCGUCUGCAGCGCUUCGUCCGCGAAUACGUGGACAGGUACAUUGCACCCAAUGUCGAGGAAUGGGAGAAGGCUGCGGAAAUCCCUAUUGAAGCAUUCAAGAGACAUGCUUCUAUGGGCUUCCUUGCCGCAUCGGCAUUUCCUCUUCCAAAGGAGUAUUUGUCUGGGGUUACUCUUCCGGCUGGGAUAAGCAUGGAUGAAUGGGACGAGUUCCACGACGCCAUUGUCAUUGACGAGAUGGCCCGCUGCGGCUGCCUCGGGACGGUUUGGGGCAUCAACGGCGGUGCCAGCGUCGGCGGACCACCCAUCGACCGAUAUGGAACGCCGGAGCAGAAACAGAAGUAUCUGGCCCCUUUGCUCCGAGGCCAGCAGAGACACUGUCUGUGUGUUACCGAGCCAGCUAUCGGGUCCGACGUAGCGGGCCUCACGACCACUGCGACAAAGUCUGCAGAUGGAAAGUCCUAUGUGAUCAACGGGGAGAAGAAAUGGGUUACCCAAGGCCGGUGGGCAGACGUUGGCCUGAUAGCAGCUCGAACGGGCCCGCCGACUGCAAAGGGGAUCUCGGUUUUCAUUGUGCCUCUGACAACGAAGGGAAUUUCGAGGCGCAAGAUGGAGAACUCGGGUGUUAGCUCUAGUGGGUCCACCUUCAUGGAACUAGACGAAGUCGUCGUCCCAGCAGAAAACAUGCUCGGAAACGAAAACCAGGGCUUCGAGAUAAUCAUGUCAACAUUCGCCCACGAACGCCUAUGGGUAGGAAUAACAGCGCUGCGACUGUCCCGGGUCGCAUACGAAGACGCCUACCGCCACGCCCUGAAACGCAAGACAUUCGGAAAGCCGCUCUUCGAGAACCAAGUCAUCCGGCAGAAGUUCGCCAAGAUGGCGAACAGACUGGAACCGACCCAGGCGUACAUCGAGCAACUAGUCUUUCGGUCUGUGCGGAUGCCCGGGAUCGAGUUCUCGCCGCUGGCAGCUAUGCUGAAGGUGCAGGCCGCGCAUCAUCUGGAGAAGGUAUCGAGGGAAACGCAACAGGUGUUUGGGGGGCUUGGGUAUUCGAGGGGUGGACAGGGGUGGCGGGUCGAGCAGAUCAGUCGCGAUGUGAGGGUUCUGGUGGUGAGUGGGGGGAGUGAGGAGAUUCUGCUGGAUAUGAUUGCAAAGCAGCAGAAGCGGUUGGCUAAUUUGUAA